AUGGCGGUCACUAUCGAGGAUCUCUAUCGAAGCUACGGGGUCCUUGCUGAUGCCAAGGACGACGUCAGCCAGCACAAAGAUGCCUACCAAGUCAUCUUGGAUGGCGUGAAGGGCGGGCCCAAGGAGAAGCGCCUGGCGGCUCAAUUCAUCCCCAAGUUCUUCAGCAGCUUCCCCGAGUUGUCGGACGCAGCCAUCAAUGCCCAGCUGGAUCUCUGUGAAGAUGACGACGUGUCAAUUCGGCGGCAGGCUAUUAAAGAGCUCCCGCGGUUUGCGACUGGCGACAACAUCCUCAAGGUGGCAGAUAUUCUCACCCAACUACUCCAGACAGAUGAUACAGCAGAAUUCAACCAAGUGAACAUUUCGCUGAUUUCCAUCUUCAAGAUUGACGCAAAAGGCACCCUCGGUGGCCUCUUCUCGCAGAUUCUUAACGGGGAGGACAUCGUGCGUGAGCGCGCCAUCAAGUUUCUGUCCACCAAGCUCAAGACCUUGCCUGAGGAUGUCAUGACAAAGGAGGUGGAGGAGUACGUCUUUACAGAGACGAAGAAGGUGUUGGAGGACGUGACUGGUGAGGAGUUUGUGUUACUGAUGCGCUUGGUGUCGAACCUGCGCGUGUUGCAGACAGUGAGCGGGCGCCAGCAGCUGGUGGAGCUGGUGGUGGAACAGGCCUUCCUGGAGCAGGCACUCAACCCGGCCGACCCUGACACCGUGGACCGCCUGCUUCAGUGCACGCGCCAGGCGCUGCCCCUCUUCUCUAAAAAUGUCCAUUCCACACGUUUUGUGACCUACUUUUGUGAACACGUCCUGCCUAACCUCAGCAUGCUGACAACUCCUGUGGCCGAGCUCGACAUCCAGCUUGAGGUCCUCAAGCUGCUGGCAGAGAUGAGUCCUUUCUGUGGUGACAUGGACAAACUGGAGACCAACCUCAACAUGCUUUUCACCAAGCUGCUGGAGUACAUGCCUCUGCCGCCAGAAGAGGUGGAGAACGGCGAGCAGACAGCCGGCGAGGAGCCCAAGCUACAGUUCAGUUACGUGGAGUGUCUGCUCUUCAGCUUUCACCAGCUGGGCAAAAAACUACCUGACUUCCUCAUUGAUAAAGUGGACGCUGAGCGCCUCAAAGACUUCAAGAUCAGGUUACAGUAUUUCGCCAGAGGCCUGCAGGUUUACAUCAGACAGCUGCGAGUGGCUCUGCAAGGCAAGACGGGACAAGCGCUUAAGACAGACGAGAACAAGAUCAAGGUGGUGGCCCUGAAGAUUACAAACAACAUCAACGUCCUCAUCAAGGAUCUCUUCCACAACCCUCCGUCGUUUAAGAGCGCCGUCACGCUGUCCUGGAAGCCUGUCCAGAAGACCGAGGCGGCGGCGGUGGCUCUUAAGCGUCCAUCCGGUGACGACGCAGGCACAGGCGUCACCCUGAAGAAGCAGAUGGCGCCACAACCUCGGCGAGACGCUCGGCAAAUCUACAACCCACCCAGCGGCAAAUACAGCGCAUCCCUCGGGAACUUGAGCUACGAGCAGCGCGGCGGCUUCAGGGGCGGACGGGGACGGGGCUUCGGCACCAGAGGCAACAGAAGCCGAGGGCGGAUCUACUGAGGCGGGUCACCAAGAGGGUGGGUGGGGGGUGCUUCUUACUCACUGAACUGCAUCACGCCUGGAUCUUUAUUGUCAACCUUAAAUGGAUUACGUACCACCACUAUUGUCCCACUUCCAUUAAAAAAAAAAAAAAAAAAGAAAGAAAGAAAAUCGUCACAAUGAACAUUUUUAUCCAGACCAACUAGAAUUCGUCAAGAAGCCAAGGCCCGUAGCUGUAGUUCCUCUCCCUUUUUUGUUUUUAUGAAUGACGUUGUAUCCUUGUGGAACAAAAAGACUGCCGAGUUGUGACACACAAUAGUUUUUCAAAACAAAACAAGAAAAAAGAAAAAAAAAUAGUCCUAUUUGGUUUGCAACGUGAUGUUGGAAUGCAUUUGUUUUUACAUUUUUAUUUAAUCUUGUUUUCAUGUUUAAAAUUCUUAUUAGUAGAGCUUCAGUUUGAAUUGGCUGACUAUUACAACUUUGUAUGAAUCGCUGAUGUUGUCGGAUUUUUAUCAUAAACUUGUAUGGAACGAUGA